AUGGGCAAUGCGAUUAGAAAAAGACCACCAGUUGUCAUAGUGUUAGGUCUUGAUGACAGCGGAAAAACAAGUGUAUUAUAUAGUUUACAAAAAAAAAAUAUAGAUACUGUGCAACCAACAGAACACAGUCCUCUUGAAAAUAUAAAAAUAAAACAAUAUAAAAUGAUGGCUUGGGAUUUAAGUGGUAAAGAUAAAGUUAGAAAUUUAUGGAGACAUUAUUUUGUAGGAUCAGAUGCAGUUUUAUUUGUUAUUGAUUCAAGUAAUAGAGAUAGAUUAAUAGAAUCAAAACAAGAAUUAGCAAAAUUAUUAAAUGAACCAUUAUUAAAGGAUGUUGUAUUUAUGAUAUUUUUAAAUAAAUGUGAUUUACCAAAUGCAAUGACACAACAAGAGAUUGAAGAUCAAUUACAAAUUGAAUCAAUUUUACCACCACCUCAAAAUGCUUCUGACGUAAAUAGAAGAAUAAAAAUUGUAACAACUUCUGCAGUUUCAACUAAUCAAUAUAAUUUAAAUAUACAAGAUAGUUUCAUAUGGAUCAUUGAACAAGUUAAAGAUAGAAAAAAGAAUUUAAAAAAACAAUUAAAUCGUCAACAAUCUGUACAAUAA